CCAUGUACCUACUGCCAGUACUGCCUUCGUUACUUUGCUGGACUGGUGCUCCGGAAUACACAGCUAAAACCCUGAAGGCGCACAGGGGUUAAAACUGUAGAUCCACGUCAAAGGCUUCAUUUAUCUGCAGCUUGUGCUGCACUCUCUGCUCCCCAGUCCAACUUCGGCCAGUCUUCAUUCUGCCUCGCUGUUGUUGUUGAGUUCAAGCGGCAGCGACGGAAAGUCGGAGAGCGAAGUGACAUUUCAGCUACGUUAACGCUCAUUCAUUCACAACAACAAUGGCAGCGCACGAUUUUAAUUUCUUGCUAGCGACAGAUUCGUACAAGAUCACACACUACAAACAAUAUCCUCCCAAUGUCAGCAAAAUAUACUCAUACUUCGAAUGCAGACGCAAGAAAGGUUCCCAGUUCAACGAAGUGGUAUUCUUUGGUUUGCAGUAUUUGCUGAAGAAGUACCUUACUGGUCCAGUGGUUACAGAAGAGAAGAUUCAGGAAGCCAAGUUAUUCUACCAAAUGCAUUUCAAGCAGGCUGUGUUUGAUGAAGAAGGCUGGAGGAAAGUCCUUGAGAAACAUGAUGGCCGCCUUCCUAUUCGGAUCAAAGCUGUCCCUGAGGGAAGAAUAAUACCAAGAGGUAACGUGCUCUUCACUGUGGAAAAUACAGAUCCCAACUUCUACUGGCUCACUAACUACAUUGAGACUAUGCUGGUCCAGAUGUGGUAUCCCAUCACUGUAGCCACCAUAUCCAGGGAGUUUAAGAAAAUCCUGGCUAAGCACCUUAAGGCCACCUCGGGGAGCCUGGAAGGCCUGGACCUGAAACUGCAUGAUUUUGGCUACAGAGGAGUCUCCUCUCAGGAGUCUGCAGCAUUAGGUGGAGCAGCUCACCUGGUCAACUUCUGUAGUACAGACACAGUAGCUGGACUUCUGAUGGCCCAGCGAUAUUAUGGCUGCCCCAUGGCUGGCUUCUCCAUACCUGCGGCAGAGCACAGUACCAUCAUUUCUUGGGGGAAGAGCAAGGAGAAGGAGGCAUUUGAGCGACUCCUAGACCAGUUCACCACCGGACCUGUCUCAGUGGUCAGUGACAGCUACGACAUCUUUAAUGCCUGCAAACACAUCUGGGGAGACAAACUCAAGGAGCGAGUGAUGGAGCGCAGCCAGGACUCCUGCCUAGUCAUCCGUCCGGACUCUGGGGAUCCUGCCGAGACCCUUAUCGAGGUCAUUAGGAUUUUGGAGGAGUGUUUUGGUUGCUCUCUAAACAGCGUUGGGUACAAGGUGCUGCCUUCAUACCUUCGAAUUAUUCAGGGAGAUGGCAUAGAUCUCCAGUCAGUGGACGAGAUUCUCCAGAAGCUGAGUGACGAAGGCUGGAGUGCUGAGAACGUUUUCUUCGGAUGUGGCAGCGCUUUGCUUCAGAAACUCAACAGGGAUACACUCAGCUGUGCUUUCAAGUGCAGCUAUGUGGAGACUAAUGGCAAAGGGAUGGAUGUGUACAAGCAGCCUGUGACAGACCCAUCGAAGGGGUCGAAGAGGGGUCGGUUGUCACUGAGAAGAAACUCUAAUGGCUUCUUGGAGACAAUAGAAAGAGGAGCAGGCAAACCAGAAGAGGACCUGCUUGUGCCUGUUUUUGAGAAUGGGAACUUAAUACAAGACUACUCCCUAGAGGAAAUCAGAAAGAACGCUCGGCUGUGGGAUGAUGACCUGAGCCCCUUGCACAAUGAUGAGCAUGAGCUGCUGCACAAUCAUAUCAUCAACGGAAGUCAUUAGGUUCUCUAAUGAAAGUGCUUCCCCAUGAAUAUAAUACUUCUGUGUUCACUAGAAAGAAGUCUCGUGUAGGAAGGUGCCCACCUAAGCAUGAAGUGAACAUGGUGAAAGGAAUAGAAGCUGUUUCUCAUAAUUUACCACAUAGCACUACUACCUCCUACCCCCACUUCAUUCUAAUGAGCCCAGUGAUUAUCGCUUUCAUAUUUUAGCUUAUAGCUUUUUUUAGUUUAGAGCCACAGCACCCUCUGCCCUCUUGAAGCUCAGGGCCAAGUACAUAUAUCGGUAGCUCAGAUAGUUGUGUUUUUUUGUUUUUAUUAUUAUUAUUAUUUAAAGACACACUUUAUAAAUCUGGGUUUGCGACAGGACACUACAACAAAGUACAAAGAAUGUACCUUUCAAGGGUAUUUUUAUUGCAACUUCCAAAUAUUUUUAGCUUCCUGAGAUUUUCUAUUACCUAUAAUUUUGUUCAAUUUGAUUUUGUGUUAUCCAACCAUUCAUCAUAAUUUAUCAAAACUACUUGUCCUCAUACUGGUGAGGGGCAUGCCUGAGUUUGUCCCAGUUAUCAUUGGGAGGAGAGGUGGGGUUUACCCUGGACCUGUCACACAGUUUUGUUGAAUUAAUAGAGCGGGAAAAAAGGCAUCACUUCAAACUCUAAAACUGACUAUACCAAUGACUGGCAACAAUAUUAUUAGUUGUUGUAGUAACGCUGCAGUAUGUCAUUAAAAAAUAGAAAUAGCUGACACAUAAUAUUUGACGUGUAACAACAGACCAAUAUACUGUGUUUAGAGAUAAUUAGAAGUGUUAUGAGUCACAAGUCAUACAUGUAGAACUGCUCAAUAUAUUAUAGGGAAUUAAAGCACGUGUCCUGCAACAUCUUAAGAAACAAAAUCAGUAAAAAUAAUCGUUCUGAUGCAACUGCCUUAGAAGCAUAUUCUGUAGAAUCAAUGUGUAAUUCACUGUAAUUAGGUUGAUAAAUUAAAGAAACUGUGACAUUAUCAGAUUAACAAAUUUAGCAAGUUAGAUUCUGUUGGUAGGACCAUAGUAAAGGCUGAUGGGAGGGCAGUGGCAACGCAUCUGUUGUCUAAAAUUACUCUAAGCAACACUAUUAAAUAAAUUGUAUUACAGAUGUAGUUGUUUAAUGCCUGGAUUUUACACAAGGGGUUUGAAAUAAUUACUUGACACUCUGGGCCUCCAUAACACGCUAUUAUAAUGCUCCCAUAUUUUUUUAUCUGGCUAGUGUAUGAAUGGUACUAAAUAUUUUUCUAUGCUUUUGGCUUGUGACCAUUUGUAGUAUUACCUGAAACUGAAGGAGGUGUGGUCAUACUGUACAUUUUGUUUUUUUGAUUUGAGAAUCUGACAGGUUUCUUUUCUUCAAAUGUAUAUGAGAUGCAACAGCGACACAAGUAUUUGUUUCUUUAGGCAAUGACAUGGUUAAUGUCGAUUAUACCAAUAACUGAUAUACUGUGAAAUACGAAAAGCUACAGUAGACAUUUAGUAAACAUUUAUUAUUUAGCAGAAACAUAGAUGUUAGUAGGUGUUUAGUAAGAGUAGUAAGACACCACACUGUGUGUUCUGGGUGCUCGUUGACACUUCAUCCUCUGGGUUGGGUUUUAUGACAGCAAAGCACAUUUCACUGCUCUCAUGUUCUGUUCUUACAUCAAAGUAUGGCCCAAAGGCCUGUUUUUCUACCAAAGUGGGGUCCUAUGGCUGAGCCCAUAACUUUGAAGGCCUGUUUGAGGGCUAAGAUGCAAUUUUAGGGCUGAGUUUAGGAUUGAGUUUUGGUACAGAUAGGAGCAAGGGUUAGACGCCUGCCUUUAGUUGUGAUGGUUAUUGUUAGGAUAAGGGGCUAGGGAGACGUUAUGUCUAUGGAGGUCUUCACCUCGAUGGAAGUACAAGGAUGUGUGUUCAUGCAUGUGUGUGCGUUUGUGUGUUUUCAAAGGUGGCAAAAUAGUUCAGUACAGUUCUUAAUAAUAAUAAUAAUAAUUUACAUGAUUAUGUCAAAGGAUUUAUGUGAUACGUUACUGUUCUAAAUACAGUAAAUGAUAAGUAAUGGCCAGUAGAUGAAUUUGAGAUGUUUUCAUGAGAACAAAGCAGUUUGAUCACAUGGUUUUCAAUAUUUCAUCAAUUGCCAUAUUAAACUAUAGCCGUAAUAUUUUAAUGUCUUGAUAUCCAUUGAUGAUUAAAAAUGCAGUUAAAUUAUAAAGGAUAACCCUAAUUUAUCUUGUCUGUGACUAUAGAUGCAAGUGAGCUACAGUAACAGAGGUGUUUAACAAACCAACCGCUGCUUUUUAUUCAUUCAUUGAGUUCAUUGUAACUGUUUGUCUUUCAUUCUCACUUCCGUCCUUUUCAAUUUCUGCAAACAUUUUUGCCUUUUUAUAACGUAUUUUUAGGUAUCAAUCCAGUUUCUUACUGCAGGGCACAACCUGUUUGAAAUGAUUAUGCAGUUGCCUGUUGUGUAUGUAUGUGUGUUACUGGCACUGAUCCUAUGGUGUAUUUUGUAAAUAUGUUUUUGAAAAUGAUUUGCUGUUAACUGACCUCUAUCUUUUAAACAUCCUUUAUCUUUUAUUUUCUGACCUUUUUGUAAGAUUAAAACACUUGCAAACUGA